UUGGGAAGAAUCGCGAGAAUCGAGAUCAUUUUUGCCUGUUUUUCUUACCAAAAAGAACCGACACACCGGAAAAGUUACCAGAAACUUUAUCUGACCGUAAACUUCAACAUCCGAUCAUCGAACGCACGCCUAAAAUCAGCACCAAACCCCGACCGACUCCUGCUCGGCACCGGAAGUGCGUGCAACUCCUUUGCCACAUCCAAGCAACCACCAUCUGGCAGCUUCCGUACAAACCGUUGCGCGCGAUUGUUUGUCAGAUCAGAAUCCCGUCUCUGCGAAAGCACCGUUUUUUCUUCGAUUUGUCACUUUCGCGGUGCGACGGGCCGCGGGCCGAAAGAGAGAAGGAUUUUUGCUGCUGAGAGUCGAGUUGAGUGCCGCCACCGCACAGUGUUUUCUGUUUUCUGCCUGAUGUGUGCGAAGCGAAGCAAAGAAAAUCCAAAACACGCAGCAGGCUAGACGGCUAGAGGUCCAACUCGUCGCUUGAAAGAGAGCCAGCCACAUUCACAUCGCCGCUGCCGCCGCAGUCUACUUCGAUAGCAUAGUAGUAGAGUCGCAGUCAGUCGUGGAGUGUCCCGUGGCUUACUGCGUGAAUAUUAUCAUCAAAAUCGGUUCGAUUGCAACCGAAGAUUGCUUGGAUUGCAUUCUUUGGGGGGUUUUAGUGUGAAUAACAUAGGAAAUAGUUGGACUAAUUAGCGAAAUAUCGCAAGUGCACAACAACAGUUCAGUGUGGAGUGACAUUGGCUAAUAGGUAGAGAGAGAGAGUGUGAAGUUGGUGUGCUUCAAUGGUGAACUCGAGUCUGAAGGAGAAAAUGAUUCGGUUCCAGAUACCGAACGAUCUGAAGGACGACCUCGUCUACUGCCAGCGGUCGCUGCGUCACUACGUCAAAGUGCACCAGCUCCUGGCAUCCAAGUUGGCCAAUGGAUUAACGCAAAGUCAGAUAUCCAAGCUCAAGCGCUACCUCCAGGAACUGGAGGGGGAAAUGAUGGACAUCGGCAACGAGCAGCGUCCUCUGGUGCGCGAGCUGGACCGCCUCGUCCGGGAGUACAUCAAAGAGAUGGCCGCCAAGGAGUUCGUCGACAUCGACCGAGAGAUGGCCAACGGGUACGUCACCCGGGCCCUGUCCGUCCACUACGAGAUGUCCUUCAACACCAAGUACACCCCGAAGACGGUCAGCGACCGGUUGACCGAGGCCCAGCUGGUGCAUAAGUACGAACUUGCUUCCUUCGACGAGCCGCAGCCGAAGAAAGAAAAGGACGAAUCCCAAAGCAGCAGCGGGUCGUCGAUUUCUCCGACCACCACCCAUCCGUACAAUCAGCGGCAGAUUUCACUGCUGAAGCCGAAAGAGGAGCGGGUUGCUUCCGCCGGAAGCAAGAACCUCCCGCCCUUCAACAGCAUAACCUUCUCCAACGCCAAGACCAUGGUCAGCGAGCAAGUUCUGAAAAAGCUUGCACCGGAAAACAUCGCCGUUCCGAAGCGACUCAUCAAGGUCCCUCCGAAAAUCGAGAACCUCCCGCGUCCGGUUCCGAAGUUGCCGGAAAUCGAUUGCUCUCCGGUGAAGCAGGAACCGGACGAAUACGAGCCGGAAGAGCUUCCGGCCACCGUUGCCAUCAAGAAGAGCCGGAUGAACCUUCUUCAGGCGUUGAACAAGGCAAAGAAUCUAACUCUGGGAGGUCAACCGGAAGAAGCCGCGAAGCCGGUGGCCUCCGGCUUUGCCGCCCGUCAAAAGGGCAUGAUCAAGACCAGAAGUGAUCCUCUUCCGGGAUCCAGCGGCAAGCGCUCUUCCAGCAGAGGAGCCUCGUCCGACUCUUCUCCCAAUUCUCGCUCUUCCACGCCCCUGUCGGUCAAGGCCUCGGACGAUUCCUCCGUCGAUCGGGCCCCGAUGCCCAUCGAAGAGUACUGCGAACCGCAACCGACAGACAUUGCCGAGCUGGAACAACCGGUGUUCCUCAAGUUCUUCGGAUUGCUAACCUUGGAGGCAAGCAAGGCACUGGCCACCCGGAAGACCGAGCGGAAACGGCGCAGCUGCAACAGCACCGAGCGGAAGGAUUUUCACUACGGCAAAAUCGACUACUAUGAGCAGCAAGUGUCGCACAUUGCCCGCCGUCGGAACAAACGGCCGACGCUGUACUCGCCCCCGUCCACCCGGGGAGUUAAGAAACGGAAGCACUUUGAUCUGAUUGCUUCCAGUACCGGGGCGGGGACGCUCCGCGCCGGAUCGGCGACAACGGGAUCAAGCUCCAGCGGCGCUGGUCAGCAGAGGGACCAGUCAGGACAGCAGCAACGGGUGGGAAGUGGUACGAGUACCACUGGGGAAGGAUCCAAGUCGGUGCUGGCCGGGCUGGAGAACAAGAUCUGCAUCGUGUGUAACAAAUCCGGUUCCCCGGACAGUCUGAGCGCGUGUGUCUACUGUUGCAACAUCUACCACCUGCGCUGCCACAGCAACAGUAUCUUCAAUCCACAGCUCCUGCGCCAACGGGACAACAUCUGCCCGGUCUGUCUGCAGAAGAAGCAGCAGGCCACCGUCGCGCUCCAGAACCAACAGCGGGACCGAAUGCUGCGCAAACGAUUGCUGCGUCGCAACGCGCAACAGCGGGUGCGCAACGAACGGCUGCAGCAGCAGAUGAACCUACUGGAGGAGGAAUUCACCGUCAAGCAGGCGGUACGCCGAACGCUGCUGGAGCAGGAACGCUCCACCCGGGACCAGAUCGCCCAGCUGAUGAACUACGUGCGCACGUUGCGGCACGAACAGUAGCGCCCGCCCGCGGUGUUGGGGAGCAUUCAUCGUGAACUCCAGUAUACACAUCGCUACGCCUAUCAUAGUACAAAUAUGUUCUUCCACUUUGAUUAUGAUUUCAUUUUUUUCUCUUUAUCUUUCCUGUUAUGUUGCAUUGUUUCUUAUUCUUUUUUUUGCAAGAAACUGCCACAUUUAGUUGAUAAAACUUUGAUUAUUUAAGUGAACAUCUACCCUAUUGUUUGUGCCGUACAGUCGACUAUGACUGUCGGGCUUUUGAAAGAAGUGAGAAAAAGAGAGAGGAGAACAAGAUGUUUAUCGGAUUCGCUGUAUCAUUGUAUUUGUAUUUAUAUUUGUUGUAAUAUACUUCGCCAACAAUAAAACAUAUAUCCUUCAAAACAGUACUGAUUAAUGGAAAAAAUAGAUGGAUUGGUCGGAAUAAAAGACUUUAUGAUAGAUAUUGUAAA